AUGUCAACCAACUGCCCCCCAGCAAACACUCUCAACCAAACCACCUCCUCCUACAACAACAUCUGUCUCCUCAGCGGCUCCCCCUCCGUCCUCUCCAACGCCACAGUCCUCACCCUCUUCAACAACUGCUGCACCUCCAACGGCGGCACCUACGAGCGCAGGAGCGACGCCUGCUACCACGAAUGUCACAUCUCCCAAGUAAUCGGCUUCCAAACCGUCCCUGAUUGUAUCCGCGAGAUCAACUUUAAGGAGGAAGGCGGGCUCGCUGUCGGCUGUUUUGGGGAUCUGAAAGACAAUGCGCUAAUGACAUUGCCGCCGACGGGAGUCACGGUUAGUUUCAACCAGAGUACGGCGACGGUUAACGAUGCGAGCGGUGUUACUGCUACUGGUACUUUCAGUACUGGUCGAAUUGGAAGCGCUACUAUUACAUCGGCUCCGAAGACAACUUCAGUUACGGCCAGUAGUACCUCCGCCGGUUUGGCUACGAGCACUUCUAAGGCUUCGCAUGCAGGAGGAGUUUCGUUUGUGGGUGUGGGAGUUUUGUGUUUAUUGGGCUUUGCUCUGUUGCUUUGA